AAACACCUUCAGGACCCUGCAGGAGACAAAAGCAGCCGAUAACAGCCCCAAGAGAGCAAACUCUGGAUUCGAAUUACCACGUCUUCUGAAGUAACGCUGCAUUCAUAACAAUGGGUCGCUACUGUCAACUGGUCAUGGGCCCCGCUGGAAGCGGAAAGUCCACCUACUGCUCGACUAUUAUGACACAUUGCCAGAAUAUCGGAAGGCCCGUCCAUUUAGUUAAUCUGGACCCAGCAGCAGAGAAAUUCGAAUAUGAGCCCUCCAUUGAUAUCAAGGAUUUGAUUUCACUGGAAGAUGUUAUGGAAGAGCUGCAAUAUGGACCCAACGGCGGACUGAUCUAUUGCAUGGAGUUUCUUAUGAACAACAUUGAUUGGCUUGAGGACGAAGUCGGCUCGUAUACGGAUGACUACCUGAUCAUUGAUUGUCCCGGUCAGAUCGAGCUCUAUACCCAUUUCGAUAUCAUGAAACGGUUGGUUGAGGCCUUGACGCGACUGAACAUUGCGAUCUGUGGUGUUUAUCUGUUGGAAUCCCAAUUUGUGGAGGAUAAGUCCAAGUUCUUUGCAGGAGUGAUGAGUGCGAUGAGUGCAAUGAUCAACUUGGAGAUCCCUCAUAUCAAUGUCAUGAGUAAGAUGGACCUUUUGCCAAAGAUGAAGGCUUCAGAAUUGGAACGGUACUACAACCCCGACCCGUUACUAUUGCUGGAGGAUGUGAACGCAAAGACAAGUCCAAAGUACCAUCAGUUGAACCAAGCCAUCGGUCAGCUCGUAGAGGAUUUUAACAUGGUGGCGUUCUUACCACUCAACAUCAAGGACGAGGAUUCAAUUACGGCAAUUCUGUCCCAUGUUGACAAUGCAAUCCAGUUUGGAGAAGACCAGGAGCCCAAGGAGCCGGAGGAUGAAGGAGAGGGUGAGAUGGACGAUGACUAUUAGGGACACGCAUCAUGAGAAUGAAGACGACGAGUCCAGGAGCGAGGACUGAAGCAUUUGUCGCUUCAAAAUUAAAUGAAAUCCUGUACUAUACAUCGUCUCCAUCCCCAAGGAUGAAAGACGCAGAU